CACAUUAUCAUAAAUUAAUAUAUUUGAAAUUGUCCACAGUUUCACAAAAAUGUUUAAAUAUGUGGCUCUGCUAUUCGUGUUUUCACAUUUAAACGUAGAGAUAGAAGGACUAUGGGACCAAGACAUAAAUUGUCCUUUGAUAUGCACCUGCCAUCUGGAACAUCUUACAGAAACUGCGAUCUACAGAUUUAUGCAAAAAAGCAAAGAAAAACCCAUACCCGGAGAAAUUGGCAGUGUGGAAAAUAAUGAUAUACUUAACGAAGAAACCGUUGACACUGUGGAAAUUAUAGAAGAUCGUGGUCCAACAAUCAUUCGUUCAGCAAUAUGCAUCCUCCAGACAGAAACGGAUCCCUUAAACCUCAUCGAAACCUUGCCUAAAAACAUAGAAAGCCUAACAAUCAUUCAAGGUUACGAAUCAGGAAACAAAACAAUAAAAACCAGUUCACUAAAAAAAUUUGAACAGCUGGUAACGCUUGAACUGACUGGUGCCAAUCUUCAAAAUCAACCACUUUCGAGCCACCUAAUCUGCGAAAUAGAUGCAGCUGUUCCAGAAUUAAAAUAUCUAAAUUUAGAAAGAGUUUUGAUUAGAAAUUCCAAAGAAUAUGUCAUGAAAUUUUUAAACGAAGUUAGUGUAGAGAAUAUAACCUUCGAAUUUCCUCAAAAAUUUGAUAACAACCCACACGUCAUAACUUUAGUACAAAAAGAUACUAAAGAUGAAAUUGUAGUACCUUACGAAGUUUUUAAAAAAGAAAGAGAUGCCAACGGGGCUACUCCAAUAUUUAUUGGCUUUAAAAAAUUAUUAUUACUAAGAAUUAGUAAUUGUGAUUUACAUGAUGUCAAUUGGGAAAUGUUUGAUGGUCUUCACGAUCUUCUAUAUUUGAUUUUAGAGAAAAAUGGAUUGAAAUUUAUACCACCUUUUGCUUUUUACGGAACUCCUAAUCUUAACACACUUUCUUUAGCGCACAAUAACUUACUAGACAUUCAAUUAACUGAUUUAGCAGGGCUCUUGAAACUUGAAUACGUUGAUUUUAGUUUUAAUAACUUCACGCAACUAUCUGAAUUGUCAUUUCCACCAUUUCCAAAUCUAAAACUAGCCAAUUUCGCAAACAAUCCUAUAAGUGUUAUAUUUUCAAAUACUUUUGAAGUAAUGAACACUACUAAUUCUUUAAUAAUAGGUAGCGAUGCUAUUCCAUUAACUUUAGUAAAAAACUCACUCUUUGGGUUAGAACAAAUGCAAAAAUUAACUGUUAAUAACUUAAAGAUGGAACUGCUGAAAAGAGAUCUUUUUACCGGUAUGCCAAAGCUCGUUGAAUUGAUAAUGACAGGUAAUAUUAGAAGAAUUGAGUACGAUGCAUUCUUGGAAGUUAAACAGAUUAAAACCCUUGUUCUAAGUAAUUGUCAAAUAGUAAAUAUCUCUAUGGAUGGCUUUAUAGGCUUGACAAAGUUGCAAUAUUUGGAUUUAUCUAAAAAUUUGUUAGAAUACGUUCCUCCAGGUACUUUUGACCAUUUAAUUAAUAUUAGAGAACUUUAUUUAAACGGAAAUAAAUUCAAGCAGCUACCCAGAGAUAUAUUUUCAAAAAUCAUUCCAAAGUUAUUAAGGUUAAACGAAAAUCCUUGGCAUUGCUCUUGUGAAAUGAGUGACUGGAAACCAAUGAUAGUUAACAAAAUUAAACAAAGGAUUGUUCAACCAUGCGAAUUCUCAAAUGACAAAGGUAUUUCUUGCAAUAAAGAAAAUAGAUUUACUUUUAAAUAUAUAUACGAAAAUAAGAUAGCUCCUAAAUGUUCAGAACCUCAACAGUUUAUAAACUGGAGUGUAUUCCAUGCAAUGAGAAAAAUUUUAAGAUGCACAGAUUACAAACCUAAACUAAGAAAGCGUUUUAAAAACACUACUGAUAUUUACCAAAAGUCAACCGAUAUUAAAUCAACAACCCUAGCAACUUCUUUUAAUAAUUUAUCCAAGUUAGACAAACUUAAAUACAAAUUGAACAAACAUCAAUUAAUAAAUGAAAGAAGACUCAAACUAAAAAAUCAAUUAGAAACAGAAGACGUUAAUGUUACUAAUGAGAGUGAAAUUACCACUUCUGCAUCAAACCAAAUCCUUAAUUCACCUCAAUCGAGUAAAAAAAGCUUGAAGCACAGAAGGAUGAAGAAACGACUUAGAAAACUAAGACAAAAAAAAAGUGAAAUAAGUAAUGAAAUAUAAAAUGUUUUAAUUUUUUAUUAAUUUAUCAAUAGAGGUCAAGAUAAAUUCAUUUCGCUAAUGUGUUUUAGUUGAGAUGAAAUAUUUAAAACGAAAACAGUAUUUUUAAAUGUUUGUGCAAAUUGUAAUGAACAUUAUUUUGUGUAAAAUACAACUAUAAACAGAAAUUCGUUUGGGAUUUGUUAAUAUUUACUCAGUUUUGUAAUAAAACCGGU